AUGGAUCAUGUAUUCAAUGUACUCGAACAGUACGCUUCGAAUUUAGAAGAUGAGGUGCAAUCUCGAAUGAAAGAAUUGACAGAGGAGAAGAAGAAGAGCGAUAUUCUACUCUAUCGCAUGUUGCCCAAGCAAGUCGCUGAAAAACUGAAACAUGGUCAGUCAGUGGAACCGGAGACAUUCGAUUGCGUCACCCUAUUUUUUUCUGAUGUUGUUUCUUUCACAACGCUGGCUAGUAGAUGUACACCGCUGCAGGUCGUGUUAGGAGAAUCACGAGAUUCUUUGAUGAUGACAUGUACAGUUUUCUUUCAGGUAGUCAACCUCCUAAAUGACUUAUACACUCUUUUCGACGCAAUAAUCGAUGAGCACGAUGUAUACAAGGUGGAAACAAUUGGCGACGGUUAUUUAUGUGUUUCUGGACUGCCACAUCGGAAUGGUAACGAGCAUGCCAAAGAGAUAGCUGAGAUGUCUUUCGAACUUCUCAAAGCAAUCAGUGGAUUUCAAAUCCCACAUCUGCUCAAGGAGAAAAUCAACAUACGAGUUGGACUGCACACAGGCUCGGUGGUUACUGGCGUCGUAGGAAUGACGAUGCCAAGGUAUUGUCUGUUUGGUGAUGCUGUGAACACGGCCAGUCGAAUGGAAAGCAAUGGAAAGCCCGGACGAAUUCACAUCUCUUCGGAUACGAUGGAGUUCUUGACCAAAGUUGUCGGUGGUGACUAUAAAACUGAGCCUAGAGGAGAAGUUAUAGUAAAGGUUCGUGUUCAAUGCUCGCGUUUCGAGCACAUUGUUGGAGUUGCAAGGAAAUUUUCAACGGAGAACCCAAAACAUUCGAACUUUCCCUAUUCGUUGCAGCUUACUUAA